AAGGGUUGGUGUGAUUGGAACGAGGCCCAGUGCUGCUGGCGUGGAAAACCCGGAAGUACAAAGCAAAUAAUCUGACAAACAAAAGCCUCAGGAAGUCGCAUGCUUUGCUACGAGAAAAAAGGGGAAUUCAAGGGUUUGAAGAUGGCACACAAGAAAAAGUGGAUAUAAAAUCGGCGUUAAGUGACAUUAAAUCAAACUAAAACACUAUUAGUCGCAGGUUUACUCCUCAGUCCGUUAGCAGCACUGCUGGUGUAGCCGUGGUGGGGUUCCUAGCAGCCGGUGAAAUGACAUUUUUCUUGCAUGUGUGCUUUCUUUGUUCUGUUUAAGGGAAGUUUAGCAAUCAUCAUCUGUCGAGGCGUUUACUUGGAGUCGAAAAACUUCAACCCAAGACUUUAGGUGUUUAAAAAGCCCUCACAUCUCGGCUUGUAGUGCUAACCCGCUAGCUGGAAGUUUGUUGAUUAGAAUGACUGUGGCGGUGUUUUUCGGCUGUGCUUUUAUAGCAUUUGGCCCUGCUUUCGCCCUUUUUCUUUUCACCAUCGCCAGAGAUCCACUGCGAGUCAUCAUCCUGAUCGCGGGUGCUUUCUUCUGGCUCCUGUCCCUCCUGUUAUCCUCUCUGGUUUGGUUCAUUGCUGUGAAAGCUAGCAAUGUAGACGAUGCCAAGGUACAGAAGGGUCUGCUGGUAUUCGGGGUCGUGUUCUCAGUCCUCCUUCAGGAGGUUUUCCGAUUUGCCUACUAUAGACUGCUCAGGAAGGCUAAUGAAGGCCUGGCAGCUAUUAGCGAUGAAGAAGCUUCACCCAUUUCCGUCCGGCAAAUGGCUUAUGUGGCAGGGCUCGGCUUUGGGAUAAUAAGCGGGGCUUUCUCCAUGAUCAACAUCCUAUCUGACUCUCUGGGCCCAGGUACUGUGGGCAUCUUUGGAGACUCUCAGUACUAUUUUAUCACCUCAGCUCUGAUGACUCUGGCCAUAACAUUGCUGCACACGUUCUGGGGUGUGGUGUUCUUCGAGGGUUGUGAGAAGAGCCGCUGGUGGGUCAUCGCUGUGGUGGUGUGUCUCCAUCUGCUGGUCUCCAGUCUGUCUCUGAUGAACCCGCUGUACGAAGGCAGUCUGCCUCCUGUGUAUGUUGUAACGGCAGCCAUGGCUGUGUGGGCGUUCUUCUCUUCAGGAGGGUCUCUGAACAACCUCUCCCAGCUCUGCACGCGUAAGAGGACCGAGGCAGCGUCUUCGUAAGGCAGCAAAGUCCUGACCUCACAGCAAGACGCAGGCAGUUUAUUGGAAGGCUGCAUUCACUGCUCGAAGUAACAGAAGCAGCUGGAGCAAGAACAGUAGCAGUGGCCUUCUGUUCUGAUGAUGGCUCUGGGGUUGAACUCGAACCCCCACCAACAGGGCUGCCUUACAGGUUAUAGGACUCUCAGAUCAUGCUCAGUGUAAAUAGCUUGACAUCUGUACACACAUAGGAAUCCAUGCUUUUAAUGAAUUUCUUUGAUCGCAAGCAUUUCAGAGUAGUAUUUUACAUAUAACACAGUGUUGUUUUUUUUUUGUUUUUUUUUUGUUAAAUCAUGAAUGCUACUUUUCGUAUUUUCUCUGGUAAAACUGUAAUGUAAAUAUUAAAAGUAAGCCUUAGGAGGACAAUUUUGUUUUAAAAUCAGAGGUAGGAGAGAUGGCCUGGGGCCAGACUAUGUCUUCCUUACAAUCUGGAUUUGUCCCAUUUAAACUGUAAAACUGGACUGGGAAUAGUUCAAAAGGCAAACUGCAAACACUGAACCUGAAGAAAAUAACUCUAAUGUUGCUUCGAGCCAAAUAUGAUGGACAGAGAUAAGGUGCAACAUUCUUCUAAAUGUGAAAUUUACAAAGUUAUUCCUAUGCCUAAAAACAUGACAUUUUUUGAGUCAUACUACUAUGUUUUGCAUUUGUACUGCAGUAAACUAAACACAUUUAGCCAUGAUUGACUGCAUGGUGAAAAAACUGCCACCUAGUUUGUGGAAUGAUAAUGAAUCCAGACUUUAAAGCCGAACCAAAGCCAUUGGUCUGACACAGUCUGGUCCCAGGCAAAUGUCGAGACGUUUCAGCUGCUAAUGCACCCCCUUAAUAACACAGCACAAACCACAGUGGAUCAGGAUCAACAGUUCAUUGAUUUCCAUUUCACACAUUUAGCACUGAAUAUUUUCAGUGAGCCCUUUGAGCAGAGAACCUGAUGCAUUUGCUCUCAUCAAACACCACAUGGACAGAAAUCCUCCGUCUGAUGAGUUCUACACUGGGGCACACGUAUGCAAUGUGAAUGUUCAAAGUGUAUGUCCUCAGAGGCAGUCCACUGGCAAAUAUGUCGAAUCAUCUACUGUGUAUAUAUACUAAUUAUGCAGAAUUAGCUUUGUAAUUUGUGUCUCUUACAUUGAUUCAUCAAAAGUUUUCUCUACAUGUUCCUCAACUUUGAGAGUUCAAUUAACAAGUCCGUCUAGAUCGCCGGUCAGUAGAAGUCAGGAACACAGGUCCUCCUUAAUGUAGCAGCGAAUUCCCCUGCAUCCUCUUCCUUUUAUUUUUCCCGGUUUCUCUACUAACAGACUGUUGAGGGCUUCAUUUAUAAGAUCUCUCAAACUUUUAUCUUGUGUAACUGGGUACAAACUUUCCUGUAGACAACAAGCAAUAUAACAGCUCUUUCUAGCGUUUGGUUCUACCGCUUCAAACACUGGUGCUGGCUUGUGUUAUUUCAGGAGACAUUCUUUAAUUGUGUUUUCAUUUCCAUGAAAUGUUCACUCUGUCAUGGAUGAACAAGUGCUUUUUUUUUACGCCCAUAUGGUUAUUUAACCAACAUAAUGCUGCUUUGCUCUUUGUGAGAUUAUUUGUUUGAAACUGUUUGACUUUCCGCUGGUUUUGAUUCGCCGCUCAAAGAACAGUUUCCAGACCAGCACACUGAUAACGCAUGUCCAUAAUCACAUCCGUCAUGAUUGUAAUAUAAAUCUGUGCCAGGUAAAGAGAUGGUUUUUUUUGUUUGUUUGUUUGUUUGUUUUUAGUAGAACCAUUCAUUAAGGUACAUUAUGGGCCUGAGCAGAUGUUAGUGGUUGAUUUCUCCAGUUUUAUUUUGGCACAGCCAUUUUGUACCUGGCUAACUGGUACCACAUCAUACAACCUCUGUCUCAGGACUCACUGUGUGAUUAAGAACAAGCAACCUGAUGUUCUGGACUAGUCCAAGGCAGCUUCAUCUUUCUGAGGCACAGCUGGAUUUUUAUAGCUACCUAGAACAUAUCAUCUCUUUGGGCAUUUCUCUGUCCUAAAUAAAAUGCCACCUUCAGUAUGCACCAAGUUCUGCAGAAGAAUAUGCUUCUGUUGUGGUUUAUUUCACUCCGUUAUCUACUCGUCUUUAAGACUACCAUGAUAAGCGACCUUGUUUGAACCUUGUAAAUGAACUUUUUUCUUUUUUUUUUUUUUAUACAGCAGAUAGAAAACUUGGUAGAGUUGCAGUGAUACUACCUGUGCCUGGGUCAUACUACAAGAUUUAUACAGUCUGUACCUUUCUGUUUGCUGGGGUGGUACCCUUAUCUUUUGUACACAGAAUACAUUUCUUUCAUGUAGAAACAUGAAUAUAGUGUACCUUUAAAAAAAUACAUUCUACAGGUACAAGGGUAAGGCUAAGUGUACUACCCCAGCGAUAAGAAAAGGUGCAGUUUAAUACCUUGUUUUGUUUUUUUUUUUUCUGAGAGUGUAACAGAAGGGAAAAAUAUGAGUGUACCCAGAUGCAAUGAGAGAUCGUCUGGAUCAUCUUUCAGUUAUCAAUCCUCCCACACUACAAGAUUUACCAAGAAUAAAACAGCACAAGCUUUCCGAUUAUACUCAGCCAAUGAUCCUGACUCUCAGAACUUGGGACUUUGCAAAAUUUCUUGUAAACAAACAUGACUUCCGAUCAAAGUGAACAUGACAGAGACCAAUUGUGCUUGGUUGCCAUUGUUAUGUUGUAAAUGUUGAACAUGUUUAUUAUUGAAAAUUUGGAUUUAACAUACCCUAUACCACAGGAUAAAAUCAGGACACCUUGUGAUCAUCAGAAGGGGCGACUCAACCUCAAAGUAGGCCUGAUUAUCCUUUAGCAUGGCCCGUCUCCUGGACAGUCUCCUUCUUAAUACACACUUCUCUAUCCUCUAUCAUCCUGCAUUGAACUUACGCUGCAUUCAACUUAGCUUGGAAGUGGGAAGCUGGAGCUCUGAUUUAAAUAAUUUUCAACCGCAUUUGAGCUGCACAGUGGGGGAAAAAAAAGGGUGCCUCCAUGUUUGUCUUUUGUUGCAACAAUCUAGCCAGCGAACAGUGAUGAGAAAUUUAACAAGCUAAUAUGUCUGUGGUGAUCAAUUUAAAUCAAAUACUAGUAGAUACAGUAUAAUUCAAUUAAAAGAAAAGAAGUAAUACUUUGUUUACUGUUGAUGCUGUUACUUGCUGAACUUGGAAUUGACAAGACCUUCCCCACUUUCCAAGUAGGAAUUCUGAGUUGAAGAGGCUUUUUCUUUGGUUUUUCCUAGUCAGAGGUUGGAAAUUCCCAAUUACAAGUUUUAGUCGACUGCAGCAAUAAUCACAACCGGUGCUCACCAGGAUUUUGGACAGACUAUGACAAAUGGCAUUGACAUUUUAUGCUGCUUUAUAACGUUUCAAUGAUUAGAAUGUAACAAACAGGAAAACUCUUAAUGUUAGAAACUCUUUCAUCUUGGGUUAAUAAAAAUGCAGUGUAGUGGUGAAAUGAAAA